GCACUCUCUCGCUUACAUGAAAAUAGAUAGAGUCUACCUUUUUAAUGCACGAGGACUCGCUUUUAUACGAUUAAGGCAACACUAAAUUUAUUUGCUCCCGUGUACCAUAGAAUUUUCCCUCCCCAUAUAUAUUAUAACAGCAACUCAUCCCCUCUGUCAUCUCUCCAAAUCACCAAUCCUCUCUCUCUCUCUCUCUCAAAUGGAUUCUAAAAGAAAUGAACAACUAAUGAACAUUCCAAAGAAAGAGAAUACACAUGACACUGAUUGCUUCUUCAUGGAUGAAUCCUUUGAAAAACUUUCAGAACUGCCAUCACUGGAGAGCAUCUUGGAGUUCGAUUCUAUCUCUUUACCAUAUGAUACCAAUUUUGGGUUCGACGGAUUUCAAGACCUGAACAUUAAUGAUUACUUUUUGGGGAACAAUUCUUGGGAUGAAGAUGUUGUAGUCGACGCAAAGCCUACCAUAGACAACAUUGUUAAGUGUGAUGAUGAUUUUGGAGCUACUUCAAGCAAGGAAAAGGAAAAGAGGGUAGUAAGUGGAAGGAAGAGAUCUGCUCCAUUAGAAUUGGUGGAGAUUCGAAAGCACUUUGAUGUGCCCAUUACGAAAGCAGCCAAGAAAAUGAAGGUGGGAUUAACUGUUUUGAAGAAGAGAUGUAGAGAACUCGGCAUAACGAGAUGGCCUCACAGAAAAAUCAGGAGCUUGAAGUCUCUUAUCAGCAAUGUCAAGGAGAUGGGGCUGACUAAUGAAAUAGUGAUGCUAGAGGAGCAUCAAAGGCUUCUAGAGAAAAAACCAGAUAUGGAGCUGAAUGAUUCUACAAAGAGGCUUAGGCAGUCCAUUUUCAAAGCAAAUUACAAGAAAAGGUGCUUGGCAGCUCAUCAUGCUUGACUUUACCCUCUUGCUGAUGUGUUUUUUCUUUUAUUUCGUAAACAGGGAAUAGAAAGGGGAAAACUUGCUGCUUUGAGGAAGCAGUUUUUUAGACAUUUGGUGCGCACACAUUGGGUAUAUUUUAUAUAUGAUAUAUAUAAAAAUAUAGGCAGGGAAUAUAAUUAGAAUCAACGCUCUGUAGAUGAAGGUAUAUAUGAGUAUUGGAUACUGAUUAGAUUUUGCUAGGUGUUUUUAGUUAUUAGUUAAGUUGAUAAAUUCUCCUUAAUUUUGUUGAAAUCUUUGCAGGAUAAUUAACUUCCAUAAUGCUAAUCUUUUAUUAAAGUCAUCACCAGUGUUUUCACUGCAGUGGAAAAUUAGUAAGAGCAUGCCAAUAGGGCAGUGAGAUUAAGUCAAAGAAAGCAUCUCAAUUUCCUCUUUGUUAUCAAUCUUUCUACUCGCACUUUAACAGCAGAUACAAUAAUAUUUAU